AUUCUCCACUACUCCAGCAAUGCUCUCUAAAAUCGCUACCAGAUCAUUCUCUUCUACUGCUGCCAACGCACACAAGGUCGCCGUCUUGGGUGCCGGUGGUGGUAUCGGUCAACCUCUUUCCCUCUUGUUGAAGUUGAACCACAAGGUCACCGACUUGGCCUUGUACGACUUGAGAGGUGCUCCAGGUGUGGCUGCUGACGUUUCACACGUGCCAACCAACUCUACCGUCAAGGGCUACAACCCAGACCAAUUGGCCGAAGCCUUGACCGGUGCUGACGUCAUUGUCAUCCCAGCCGGUGUCCCAAGAAAGCCAGGUAUGACUAGAGACGACUUGUUCAACACCAACGCCUCCAUUGUCAGAGACUUGGCCAAGGCUGCUGCUGAGAACGCUCCUAACGCUGCUGUUCUUGUUAUCUCCAACCCAGUCAACUCCACUGUCCCAAUUGUGGCUGAAGUAUUCAAGUCCAAGGGCGUUUACAACCCAAAGAAGCUUUUCGGUGUAACCACUUUGGACGUGUUGAGAGCCUCUAGAUUUGUUUCCGAAAUUGCCGGAACCAACCCUGUCAACGAAAAGGUCACCGUUGUCGGUGGUCACUCCGGUAUCACCAUUGUGCCACUUUUGUCUCAAACCAACCACAAGGACUUGGACACUGAAACUAGAGAUGCAUUGAUCCACAGAAUCCAAUUCGGUGGUGACGAAGUCGUCCAAGCCAAGGAUGGUGCUGGUUCUGCCACUUUGUCUAUGGCCCAGGCUGGUGCUAGAUUUGCCGGUGCUGUUCUUGACGGUUUGUCCGGCGAAAAGGAUGUCAUUGAGCCAUCUUUCGUCGACUCCCCAUUGUUCAAGAGUGAAGGUGUUGAAUUCUUCUCUUCCAAGGUCACCUUGGGCGUUGAAGGUGUCAAGACCGUCCACCCAUUGGGCGAAUUGUCCAACCACGAAGAAGAAUUGGUCAAGACCGCUAAGGAGACCUUGAUCCUGAACAUCAAGAAGGGUGUUGAAUUCGUCAAGCAGAACCCAUAAGUAGAGUGCUGAUGUAUAUACGUUAUGUCUCAUCUAUGAAUGAAUGAGUAUGAAAAAGCGAUUGUAGAGUAGUUUGUCAAGCAGUAUUGAUCAAAUUAGAUUGUUAAUUUUAACUCAAUUGAGUCUAUUCUGCUCGAUUUAAUACAAUACUUUCAAGCAAGUACAAGCCAUAGUCCAGAGAAGUUGAGAUCAAAUUGAUCUCAUAGAUCACACUUCUAGCCGAGGAAGAAGGAGAGAAAACUGUCU